AUGCCUUUUUGCUUCUGUUCAUAUACCUAGGCUCUCGUUCCUGAUGAAAAUAAAGUCACCACCAAUAAAAACAUAUUAGCUUGUCCUAUAUGUUAUGAGCCAUUUGAUUCAAGUGGCGCUACACAAUUCUCUGUGAACACGGCAGCACAGUCUAGUUUUCAGUGUUGCACCUGUCGGAAGGAUUACUUUGGAAACGAAACACAUCUUAACUUAACUGUAUCUAGCGGAUCAAAUGCCUAUGACGAAUCUAUGCCAGCCUCUACAGAAAUUUUUAGAACACCAGUUGUGUCGUUUCUGUAUGAACGGGGAUGGCGACAAACAUUUUCAGUGCUGGGUGGUUUCCCAGGUGCGGAAAAAGAGUUUGAGAUGAUGAAAGGUUACCUUAAGCCGGUCCUAGGUGGAAAUAUUAUUGAUGCUAGUUGUGGCAGUGGGAUGUUCUCACGGCUUUUUGCCAAAAGUGGACUAUUCUCCCUUGUCGUCGCUUUGGACUUCUCAGAGAACAUGUUGCAAGAGUGUUUCAAAUUCAUUAAGGAGGAGGAAAACUUCCCAACAGAAAACUUAAUAUUGGUCAGAGCUGAUAUCUCCAGACUUCCAUUUGCCACAAGUUCUGUUGAUGCUGUGCAUGCUGGUGCUGCUUUGCAUUGUUGGCCUUCACCUUCAGCAGCUGUUGCUGAAGUAAGCCGAGUUUUACGUCCUGGGGGAGUGUUUGUUGCAACCACUUACAUACUUGAUGGCCUUUACUCAUUGAUUCCUUUGUUGGGUUCUGUACGUCAGGUCAUUGGAGAAGUCUCAGGCAGCCACAUAUUUCUAUCAGAGGCUGAACUUAAAGAUCUUUGCACAGCUUGUGGGCUAAUUGAUUUCACCGUUGUUCGAAAUAGGCGUUUUGUAAUGAUUUCUGCUAGAAAGCCUACCUAAUCCAUCUGGCUCCUGCUCUGAAUCUGGCAGGAUCGAAACUUUGAGGAGUUUACUUGAAAAUCUUUGCAUAACCAAAUCAGCGUUGUAUAGCUGCUCUUUAAAUCCUUGCCAAAAGGGCGUCAAGAUCUUGCUCGUCCGGGUAAUGCAAUGUCACACUUGUACAGCAUUAGCUUAACCAAUGUCAAGUAUUAUUUUCCAUGUACAUCAUAUUAGGCAAGGGGUUCAUGCCUAAAUCAUAUGAUUGGUAAAGAAAACACGCUGUACAUUGUUGUAUAUUCAAAAGAUUAAGCUUGUAUAUCAUUAGUAAUGGCGAAAGAGUCUCGUUUAUGUGAGAAGAUUCAGUGAA